CAUAAAUAAUGCGCAAACAGUGGGUACUUAACGCCAUUGUGAAGUGAUUGACUUGUUACAAAAACAAUUAAAUACUUUACAAUUAAUUAAGUAAAAUAUUAUUAUAAGUGCGGUGUUAAUAAACUAAUUGUGAAUAAGUGAUACUGUUGAAAAAGUGGAUUAUUUAAGCGAAUAAAUUUAUAUUUCUAAGUGAAAAGACUGGUCAAUGUCAGCAGGCGUGUCAGAUCAGCGGAUGAAAGGACAAGGAAACCAAGUGUCCAAUGGCACUAAGGAGCAGUUAGGAGCUGGUGAAGGAGCAAGCGGUUCCGAGGAAUUUGAGCCAUGGCGAUCACAACAACAGAAUUCGGCGGCACCAACUGCGUACGGCACAUCGGUUCCAAUUUCAAGCGCUACAGAUAUUUACAAUAUGAGCACUGCAGGUUAUUAUGGCAGUGGUGGAACAUACCCUUAUCAAGCGUACGGUGUGGGAGAUGGAACUUGGUCGAAUGGAACAGACGGAAUGACAUUUCUAAGUGGUUAUCCUCACGAAUCAUAUUCAAUGGAUGGUAUGUUCGGUCCGUCGACGACAUUUUCCACGCCAACAGCCUUCGGUCAGCCAUCUUCCUUCAAUUAUUUUCAUAGUAAUGGCGAUUUUAACACGUGGGGAAGUCAGUUGGGGCAAAGGAAGUUCGAUGAUUACUAUCGGGAUCCCCAACGCAUGUACACUCAGGCCAUGCCUGACUCGACGCUCAAAAGUGUUGAACAAGCGAUGCAAAAUUUAGAUUUAAAGGGCUCAUCGACUGACGGUAAAGACUUAGUAUCGCAACCAAAAAAAACACCAUCAUGGGCAAGUAUUGCUGGCCAACCUGCCAAACCACAAUUGACUUCACAGACACAGGGAUUAAAGAAGAAAGGACCAGGCAUGCCUCCAGGUCCCAUUAUACCUGGAAAACACAAUAUAGACAUCGGAACUUGGGAUACAAGCAAGAAUACCCCACCCCAACUUCCAAUUGUCACAAAUACAGUCCCAAAAUCUAUAGCGCCCGCAUUACCAGUACGUCCAGCUUGGAACGGGCCGCCGACCAACCGGCCUCCGCCAGCAGCUCCGCGUCCAGGACCGCCACUGCAAUCGUAUCAGCCCCAACCCAUGAUGCCUCCUCACCUUCCACCUCCAGUAAGUGUGCCCGCAGGACCUCACGUGCAGGGCUUGAUGCCACCUACGGGCCCCAUGCCUGUUCUGGUUACCACCCCAUCUCCCUCGCAUCCGGUGUUAGAUGAGCUGCGGGGUAAAAACAACUAUAACCCGCCAGAUUACGACCUAUUGGCUCCGAAUGCCAGAUUCUUUGUGAUUAAGUCUUACUCGGAAGAUGACAUACAUAGGAGCAUAAAGUACGAGAUUUGGUGUAGUACCGAACAUGGAAAUAAACGGUUAGAUCAUGCAUAUCGUGAACGCGAAGGUAAUGGUCCAGUGUAUUUGUUUUUUUCUGUUAAUGGUUCUGGACAUUUUUGCGGAAUGGCACAAAUGAUGUCAUCAGUGGACUACAAUUCAAAUAGCUCUGUGUGGUCUCAAGAUAAGUGGAAGGGACAGUUUAAGGUGCGAUGGGUAUAUGUGAAAGAUGUGCCUAAUGUACAAUUGCGACAUAUUCGUCUCGAAAAUAAUGAAAAUAAACCGGUUACAAAUUCUAGAGAUACCCAAGAGGUGCCCCACGCCAAGGGUCUGCAAGUGUUGCGCAUCAUGCACUCGUAUCGACACUCCACAUCAAUAUUCGACGAUUUUGUACAUUAUGAAAAGCGGCAGGAGGAGGAGGAUUGUCGUAAGAGUACCGAGCCGCCAAAUCAUAGGGACGGACCGCGCGAACAUAAAGAUAGGGGGGAACAUCGGGUUCGUAACCACGAUAGGGAAAAUGAUAGGGACAAUCAUCGUCCUAGUGGUCAUCGCAAUGUUGAUCAUCAUGUUGUACAUCAUAAGGAACGAGGAGAGAAUAACAGAAGUCGAGGAGGACGCGGUGGUCGUAAUUGAAAUGGACAAGUACUGUUAUGCCUGAUGUUAUGGGUCAUAUAACAUCGAUAUAUUAUAAGCAUGUUAUUUCAUCACCUAGAUGUUUUUAAAUUGGUUAUUCUGAACUUCUGUCUGCAUGGCUGUAGUUUAGUGGACCAUCCCUUUUAUCUCCAUUAAUUUUUUGUUUAACGGAAUUCCUAAGUUGCUUUAUUUGCUUUUUGUGAUCAUUGUCAGUAUGGUUUAAAAGAUAAUGUGAAGUGAUGAUGCCUAAGUUGGAAUAUAGGCAAGAUAUGUUUCAACUCCGUCACAUUUUUUAUGCAGUGUUAACUAAACGCUAACUUAUGUAUAAAAGGAAAAUUAUCAAUUAAUUCAUAUGUGUGGGAUAAGAAAAAACUAAAAUGUUCAUUUAAAACUAUAAAAAAUCUGGUAUAUGGAUCAACUAUAGUUGUAAUACGCCUAGCAGCCCACUGUUCGGAUCGGGCUAGAGACACAAAGGAGGAUAGUGCAGUGCUCAUUUAUUUUAAACAGUUCUAUGCUCGAGUGAACUUCUAAUAAAUUUAAAUAUAUAUAAAUAAAUAAACUUUGUGAGGUAAUUGUUUAAAUCGAGUGUUGAUUUUUCUGGACUGAUUUGAUCUGCCGCGGUGGCCAAGUGAUAAUGGACUGGCAACGAAAAACAUCUCCAAAAUUCUCCCCAUUCACCGUAUUUGAACAAUGAUGCUGUGAAAGUGACUCUUAUAGCUCGGCAAUAUAAGACUAGCAAAAAGAACUAUCAACAAAUUGGCUAAAUUUUAGUUAAUGAACGAACAACUGGACUUGUUUAUAUACGUUGCAGUUUUUCAAUUUUGUAAUAUAGGAGAUGGAAAUGUGCAGUCUAUUAGAAAUAUUUGUUGAAACGAUAAUAUAGUUUAAUUGAACUUAAUUAAUAUUGUUGGACCACGCAGUGUUGUGUUCAUUUUGCUAUAAGCUUCUACCCUGUCAGUAAUUUUAUUGUGUAAUCUUUUAAUCAUUUUGUAUACUGUAAUUAAGCAUAUUUGUUAUAUUUCUUAAAAUUUUAUAUAGAAGCGAUUUGUAUAAAUAUGUAAUUAACAUUCUUUUUAUUGUUGUUAUAAUUGUGCCUAGCGAAAAUUAAACAAAAUGUACAUUAUUAAUAGAUCGAUGAGCAUUGUAGUGAAUUCUGAUUAAGGUUAAUUAUUAUCGCGGAGGAACAUAACAUUGUGGUCCCAGCAACUAUUUUACUCUGUGCCUAAUUAGUUAGACUGAUAUAAUGAUUGUAAUAACGCUAAUGACAGAUCCGAAAAGUGGGCAUCUUCCUGAUAGCUCUAUUCAUAAAACGUCAGAUAGAAUAAAUACAUUUUAAUUCAA